GUAGAGACCGUGCCUGAUCCAUAUCGUGGCCAAUAGUUCACGUGGCACCAUGUUCCCACUGGUAUUAAGUUUGGUGGUGGCGGGGGUCAGUGGUUUCUGUGGGGACAGCAUCCGGUGGUCCCACCGGGUGACUAUGGACGAUGUUUAUGGAGUGUGGUAUGGAGUGGGAUACGCCCAGCACACCCCGGAUAUGACAAAUAAGCCUAAUGAAGUCGGCUGUGUGACUCUGUACAUAAGCGAUGCGACGACUGAAGGUCGAGAUGAUUGGCUCGAUUGGUCCUUACUUCGAAGAAAUUACUCAAAUGAAGAUUGGAAGUCGUACAAAAGCAACCCCUGGUCUGAUACGCCUAUGUCAGGCUCCUGGCUUGACAUUCGGGUCCGAAGGAGAGCAAAAAGGGACAUGUAUAGCGAGAGGAGGCUGAGGAUCAUUUGGGACGAAGAUGGGCAGACCAUGGAGCAAAUAUACAACUAUACCCCGGAUGCCCCUGGCCUGUGGGUGGCGGAGAAGCGCCGGCCAGGGGAGCAAGAGAUGAUAGCCAGAGGAAUUGACGUCUGGUAUCCCGACGACCCACCGAAACACCCCGAGGUCAUCCGCGUGCUGAAAGUGAACCAGCACAUGAUGAUCAUCAACCACUGCUCCGACAUAGGGCCAGGAGGGAUCUUCUCUCUCAUCCUCAGGCGGUCUCCCUCCCGCAUGGACCGUACAGAAUGGUACAGCUUGCAGCGCCAAUUCUACAGCUUCGAUCUCCCGACCAUGUAUCGACAUUCAACUAUCUGUGCCGGCUGUGUAGCACACAGUUCGAUAGUACGUGUUUUGUUGUGUAUUGCUAUUUUGAAGCUUUUGUACAGAUGUUAAAUUAAUUGUGAAUGAAACCUACGUAGGUAAAAUCAUCUAGGUAACUCUCGAAUUAAUAGGGUUGUGAUGAAAAGUUUCUGUUAACAAUGAUUAAAAUUAAAUAAAGUACCUACCACUAAUUAUGAACAAUUUGAGUCUACCAAUACCUUUAUUUUAUUUAUAUCCUAUUUAGGUUAUACUAUUUAUACAG